AUGAGAGAAACGAUGUCGGACCUUCCCAAGCGGAAAUUCUACAGCACAGUGAACUCAAUCUGCACACGCUGGUUGUCGUUGGGGGAGCUGCCUGAUGGCUCAUGCUUUCAGCGGGUUAUCCUUUCCUUCGGAUCUCUGGAGCUGAUCCGAGCAGCGGAUGUUUCUGACGUCGUUUCUUUGCGACGGCAAGGCAAUGAAUGUUUGAAAGUCGGGAAGGCUGAAGAGCAAAGAGAAAUCAUAUACCUGUCAAGAAACGACACGGGAUGGAGAAGAAUGUUGAACGAGCACGAGCUGGUUUUGAAAUGGAACGACAAAAAUCCUCAUUAUCCCAUGAGAUCUGUCUCUCUCCAUACCAUGACCAUGCUCGACCAGUUGUCUCUCCUACAGGGGUCGACCUGUGCCUCUGUCUUUGCGAUGAGGUGGACGGACCAGAACUUUGGCUACGUCUAUCAUUCGUGGUUGAAGUUGCGUGGGGUCAGGUACAUUCAAUUUGAUAUCACACAGGGAGGGACAACCAACUUAGACUGGCUCUCGUUCGCCAAGUACUCGGACGACUGGUCCUCUUCCAUGCGGGCGAUCAGGGACGCUGACAUGUCGAUGCCUUACGAGCAUUUCCACGAGUUCGUCCACGCGGCGUUGGAUCCUACGGUGUCGAAGUUUGACUCGACGGACUCCCCAGCUGAGCUCUCUAAGGUCGAGCUGGACUCUACAUCAGCUGUUGUUAUGUGGUUGACCCGUUUGCAGCUUCUGCAUCAUUUUGAGCGAGAGCAGAGGCUUUGA